AUGAAUGCAGCCGUGGACACUGCGCGGAAAUUCGACAAUUGGUCAGAGGAGAUUCCAACCUCAUGGACCCCGACAAUGUUCACAUCACCUUUCGGUGAGAGCAUCACAGCUCCCGAUUCUCAACUUUGGGCUAGUCCGGGUAACAAUCUAGACGACUAUUAUAGGCCAAAUCAUCAAGCCGCGCGGGAGGAAAUAGUACAAGAUUUAGAUACAAGCAACAACUUUGAUGCUGGUUAUACAAUUGAUAACGCCGUGGCAGCAGGCACGUUUCUUUACGACCAAUAUACAGGCACAAACGUAUCUGGACAGUCUACUCACCAUGAUUUAGAUGACCCCUUUGCCGAGCACACAAGACAAUCGGGAGAUAUCCAACCAAAUGUCAAUGAAACGACAAUAUUUGACGAUAACACCAUAUCGUCAACUAUAAUAUCACCGACAACUACUACUCGUAAUCGAUUUUCUUCGAGUGGUUCCGAUGCGAAUAAACAUUCACCUCGGUCGGUAUUGGGCGUAUCCCCGGCUUCCGCAUCUUCGAUGAACUGGAUGGCGGACGGAGGCCAACCCUCUCCUCUAUCCCCAGCAUGCAGCAUCAGCGCUGGUAUCGACCACAUGCCCCCGGCCAAGCACAGGCGGAACCGCGAACGGAACCGCGUGGCGGCGCACAAGUGUCGGCAGAAGGCGAAGCAUAGCAUGUCGGAACUGCAGACGCGGGAGCGCGAGCUAAGCCAGCAAAACCGGAUGCUUCAGGAGCAUGCGGGUAGCUUACGAGACGAGAUUCUGGACCUCAAGAAUGAGAUCCUCAAGCACAGCAACUGCGACAGCGAUAUUAUCCAGAAUUACAUUUCGCGGGCGGCUCGCGACGUCCACUAA